AGUCCACGGAGAAACACACCGAUUAGUUUUGGGGGUUGAUUAGGGUUUUGCAGAGAGCGGGCGAGAGAGAGAGAAUGAGCAGGAGCUUGGGGAUACCAGUGAAGCUACUGCACGAGGCUUCAGGGCACGUGGUGACGGUGGAGCUCAAGAGUGGAGAACUCUACAGAGGUAGCAUGAUCGAGUGCGAGGACAACUGGAACUGCCAGCUCGAGAACAUUACCUACACUGCUAAGGAUGGGAAGGUCUCACAACUUGAGCACGUCUUUAUUCGAGGCAGCAAAGUCAGGUUUAUGGUCAUACCGGACAUGCUGAAGAAUGCUCCAAUGUUCAAACGCCUGGAUGCCAGAAUAAAGGGUAAGGGUGCAGCACUUGGAGUUGGUCGGGGUAGAGCAGUUGCAAUGCGAGCUAAGGCUCAGGCUGCUGGACGUGGAGCACCACCUGGUAGGGGAGUUGUACCACCUGUUCGGAGGUAGAAUCAACCUCUGAAUGGCUUCUUUUUGUCUCCAUUCUUGAGCAUGGAUUGUCCCCGCUCUUGAUAUCUCCCAAAUAUGUGUAGAAAGAUUGAGUUUUUGGUUGGGAAGGGAAAAAGAAUGGAGACCCUAUUUCUGAACUUCGAUGGACUGCUCUUACUUUGUGUGCGUGUAUGGUAUUCUAAGUUAGUUCUUUUGACCACUUAUUUAUUUACUACUUAUAUAAGCAACUUUGUCUUUA